AUGUCGCAUUACUUUUCAGACAGUUCGAUUAGACAACAUCGAAAAUCGCUGAAUGCUACAGCGAAAGAAAAGAAGAACGGUACUACCCUUGGCCGUCGGCUUAGUACAGCCAAACCUUACUGUCGUCCGUUCGGAAAAAAAAUCAAACCGAGUACAAAAGCAAUCACAAAGCCAAAUACAAAGCCGAUAAUAAAAGCACAAGUUCGCGACUUCUCGGUGGAACCAUUGACCGCGGAAGCAGAUUACUCCUCAGAUGCUUCAAAUCGAGAAGUGGGCCAAUUUUCAAAUGAAACAAAAGCCGUGAUGUGGCGCUGGCUAGUUGACUUGUCUCAAGUAAGUCAAUGUACUGACUCGUCCACUUCAUGUUGCGAAAAAUUGAUAUCCUUCUUAGAACAAAAAAUAUUAUUUUCGAUGUUUGAAUAG